UUCUUUUAAGAAACGGUCGCGAGGCAGCAGUGUGUAUUAUUUUUGUACCUGUAAUAAGUUGUUUGAAUAGUGACCAAGAGCGACUCGUAAAAGAAAAUGAAUCAUAUACAGUUAAAUAUCAUCGUCAAAUUAGAAGCCAUGUUUUCUCAAUCUAAAGAUGAUGUGAAGCUGGAAUGGAUGUACAAAGGUCCAAAUGCAACAGUCGAUCGUGAAGAAUAUCUUUUGGGUAGAGCAGUAGAUAAAACACUAGAACAACUUAAUGAAGAAGAAAAACAAAAACAACUUGGUUUAGCUCAACAACCUAAGAAUCAUGUAGAACACGAAUGCAUCCCUCCUUCCAUAAGAGACUAUAAGAAACAACAAUUAUUAGCUGAACAAGUCGACAUUCAAAAUAAGCUACAGGAAGAUCCAUUAAUAGCUAUUAAAAAGAGGGAGGAAGAAUGUAGAAGACAAUUCUUGAAUAACCCUGUGCAACUAAAAAAAUUGCAAGAAGCACUAGUGGCUAAGAAAAAUCUGAAAAAAGAUAAGAAAAAGAAAUCUAAGAAAAAACAUGCCAGUAGUGAUUCUGAUAGCGACAUCGAUUCUAAACUAGUUGAAAAACUGAAGUUAUUAAAAAGGUUUCCUACAAAACUGUCUUUAGAGUUGAAGCUUAAGAGUAAAAAAAAAGUAAAAUCUGAAGAAGAUAGCAUUCUUGAUACUAUAUUAAUGCACAAAUUUAAUGCAUUCAAAUCAAAAUUGUCUGAUGAAGAUAUGCAAGACAUUUUGGCAGGUAAAAUUACAGACAGUGAAUCAGAUAGCAUUAGUGAUAAGGAAGAAAAUGAUGCUGUAGAUACAAAAAAAAGAAAGAAAAACAAAAAAAAAGAUAAAAAGAAAAACAAAAGGCAACAUAAAAGAUAUGAAAAUGACAGUGACAGUGAAAAGAAAGACAGGAUUAAAAACAAAUCCACUAAAAAGCACAAAAGUGAUUUAUCUAGCAGUUCCUCAGAUUCAGAAGAAAGUAAUUUCAAAAAGCAAGCUAAGAGUAAUCAUACACAGAGGCCCAAAGAAAUAACUAAAGGAAAAGAAGAGCAAACUACUAGUAAGGUUUCAGAACACAGACAAAAUAUAAAUUUUAAUAAAAACCACAAAAAUACAAAUCCAAAUUCACCUUUAAUUAAGAAUUAUUCUAGUUUGUUUAAGGAAAAUAUGUCAUAUAAAGAUAGUUCAAGGCAUUAUUAUAAGAAUUCUGAUAAAAAUGAAAAUAACAGAUCCAAAAGAAAAAGUGAAUCCAGUCAUGGAAAGAAAGGCCAGAAUAAAGGAAGGGAAAGCUCUAGUGAUAAUGACCAAAAUGAGAAAAGGAAAAGACUACUAUCAGAUAAAGAUUUAGAAACCAAAAAGGAUAACACCACUAGGGUUAAAUCUUCUAACAAAAAAGACACACGAAUGUACCCUGAAAAUCCAUACAAUUCACGAAAGUACAGUGAUAGUUCAUCAAAAGGAUAUCCUGAACUAAAGUCAUCUAAACAAAGUUAUCAGUCAUCAGAUUCAAAUUCUGAUUCAGAUUCGAAAAAUAAAAAACGCAAUUAUGGUUUAAUAAGUGGCGAUGGUAAAAGGCUAAAAUCUACUACAAAGAUAAAACAUUUUAAUGAACAAAAAAGUACUUCCAUAAAGUCGCCAGAAUUAAGGGAAUCUUCUGAUAAACGUUCUGGAAGGCCUAAAUGUAAAGAAUUAUCACGUGAAGAAAGAGAAAAACGAAUAAAAGAAAUGAUGGCCAAUGCUGCUUGGAGGGACAAAGAAAGAGCUGAAGCAGUAAGGAUUCAUAGGGAAAGUGAAUCCAAUCAGUCCAAAAUACCUGAUGAAUAUAACCCCGAGUUUCUUCAUAAAGAAUUACUGAAAUCUGCUAAUUCUGCUAGUGUUGAAAGUAGAAUCAAAGCUAACGUUAACAAUAUUCAGAGAUCCAGUAGAGAUAUGAGUAGUAAUUUUUCUAAAAGGAAUUAAAGAAACUUCGACUGUUUAGACUGGUUUCAUUCUCAAACUGAAAAUGAUGUUGGAAUAUAAUAGGUAGACGAGAAAUGAUAAUAAAGA